UCUCAACGUGCCCUCGCUAGCUUCCAUCCACUCUCCAGCCGAAGACGUCUGUCUCUGCUUCGUUCGCGUCUUUCCUCUCGUCGGGCUGCCUCGCCUCCAUUCAUCAAAUUCCAAAAUGGCAUCCUCUUCUUCUUUCCUCCGUUCUCCGGCCUCCUUCCAGCCGGCCACCGGAGCCUGCGGCCACGUCCGCUGGGCCCAGCCGUUGGCACCCCCCAAACCGCACCGCUCGCCACUCCCGCCGGCGGCCACGCCCGGGGUGCCGCGCAGGCUCCUCCUGCCGGCGGCCGCUGGCAUCUGGGACUUCCUCUCCGGCGGUGCGGCCGGUGCAGCGGCCGCGCCCCUUGCCGUCCGGCGAGGUAUGCAGCUCUUCCAGCAGGGAGAUGUGGCUGGGUCAGUGGCGGAGUUCGAUCGCGCGAUCGAGCUGGAUCCGCGGCAGAAAGCAUGUACAUCUCUGGCAGAGGGGGCUGUCGCUGUAUUACCUCGACAGGUGCAUAAUCCAAUGAGUAAUCAGGCACCUGACAUCUGCAACUGCAACUAUCCUACCCACCGUUGGGUUUCAGUUUUCUUUCAUUUUCGGACAUUGGCAUAUUACAUAUACAGGUUCGAGGACGCCGCGGAGCAGUUCAGGCUGGACGUUGCUGCCAACCCCAACGACACCGAAGAGUCGAUAUGGUGUUUCCUCUCUGAAGCUCAGCUGUAUGGGGUGGACGGGGCAAGGAACCGCUUCUUGGAGGUUGGUUUAGAUCGAAGACCCGUGAUGCGCGAAGCUUACGCCUUGUUCAAAGAUGGUGGGGACCCUGAAAAGUUAGCUUCAAAUUUUUCUAGUAGCUCUGGUGGCGAACUCUUCUAUGCAUCAUUAUACGCUGGACUUUACUAUGAAUCUCAGAAGGACGCAGACCUGGCAAAAUCUCAUAUUGUUGCUGCAUGCAAGACACCUUAUGGAUCAAGGUCUGGUGAUUACAUGGCUUCCCUUGCAGUGGUUCAUUGUCAGUGCCGCAACUGGACCCUCGAGGGAUAGGAAUCUUGAAAUAGAAAUGAUACUAAUCAUCGUCAUGGAUUGCAUUGGAGCCAACAAAUAGGCAGCACCUUACAGAGAAGGCAGCCGGUGCUAAGGCUAUAGAUAUCAAAACAGAACCAAAAAAAAGUAGCAAAUGGAGCCUAAAUUAUUGGUCAAUUUUGUUUAUGGUUAUCUGUAUGGUAUGAGAAUUACUAGAUCAUUUUAAAUUCGGUUCAUUUGGUAAA